CGCUGUUUAUUUCUGACUUUUACAUCCUAAAAAUCAUGCAGAGUAGUCUUGUGUGACGGUGACUCCUCCAAGAAGCUGUGAAAAGAGCAAUACGAAUGUGAAGGAUCAGCUCAGCACAAUCUUGUGCUGAAGGGUGAGCAUGCUACCGAAUACCUUUUUCCAGCCAAUGAUCUAAAUAUCAUUCCAAUAACUAGGGAAUGAAAGUCGCCCUGCAAACCAAUAGAGGGACUUCCAACUUCAGAGCGUAUAUCACAGAUUGUCCGCCACGAGCACACCGCCAUAUGUCUAUUCCAAGACCACUGUCAGAUAUAGAACCGCACCAUAUCUAUCACCAUUGGAGGCUGUCAGAAGAGUGGUCUGAAGUCAGAGCUUUGACCUUUCUCCUGAGAGUUAGAACACGUUACCACCAGACUAUGGACUAUUGGCACCUUGCACAGAUCUCGGGUGAGAAAUCGACCAACAUUCGACCAACGCUUGGUAUAUUCAUUUCCUUCCCCACAGAUGUGGGUUGAAGGUCGCUGAAAUGUUCGUAAGGUGCAAGGAAGUUCCGUCCAAACUUGGGUUUUCACUCAAUCCUGAUUUGAAGGGGCAACCUUUUGCUUUUCGGUCGGAUCAAAAGUGAGUGCUGGAAGAAUUUCCCUCCAGCUGUUGCCACAAUUAUUUAAUUUAAUGUUCGGAUGACCACAUAAAGCCAUUGCACCCUAUUUGGCCAUAAUACAUAAGAAUAAGAGGAUAAUCAACACUAUAACACAAGCAUCAUCAGUGCUGUAGGGGAUACUGUACAUAAUCGCCACCCCAACCGCAACCGUCACCCCAAUCGUGUAAGACCAGAAACAAAUAACGCCUCUGGAAAGUCACCCUUUCCAUUCUUGUGAAACUUAAUUUAUGCAAACAAAUUUCUUCUCGGGUACGGGACGGAUGUGUAAAGGUUAGGAGAGGAGGGUAGAAAGUUGCCCACCAAAAUAAAAGUUCACGGUCCUCUUCUCAGUCUCAGCAGCAGCAGCAGCAGCUACGAGGCAUCGUUUUGAGGCCUCGUAGGGAGGGAGCGAGGGAGCGAGUCCGCUGGGUCUGCUUUUAUGGCCCGUACUUGGAAGAUACGUCAAGUGUAGGAGUGGACUGCUGCAGCUUGUCCCGUACGUCUGGAAAAACUCCUCGCGGACAUUUCAUACCGAGACACGGUCAAACAGAAACUCGAGAAUCUCCUCACACCGAAAGGCUGAAGAGGGCGGCGUAUUCCCUACACGACUUGGUGCCCAUCGCUGGGACGCUCGAAGCACACCUGCGUGCCAUGCAGGCCAGGACACCCUGUCGAGCAUUUGCAUUGAAUGUACGGAUCCGGCAUUCGCCUUGAAUUUGCAUUUCUCGAGGACGAAGAGGAAAGACGAAGAGGAGGGCGGCCAGCAAGCAAGCGACCGAGCGAGAACACUUUUUUCUAUUGUUGUGUGAACCUGUUCGAAUGAUCCUCAGAAAAACUCAUGAGAUAACUGACUGGCCUCAUGGUAUUCAUGGAGCUCUUCGGCUGCCGUCAACUAUUUUCUGGCACUCUCGUGAAAGCCCAUAGAAUUGUCCUCAUUU